UGAAAAAUGCCAUGAUAAUUCGUUAAUUUAGCAUGACAAGGGAUUAUUUAGCAUAACAAAAAUCGGAGGUAAAUCACUGAAAAGCCUUUGCAAGAGGACGAAGUCUACGUCUCGUUGUGAUCGAAUGCUAUAAAUUAUCGGUCAUCAGUGGCUGGAGCCCCAGAGUACUUGCGAGUUGUAUCGGUGGAGACUUUGGAGGGCAUCUGUUUGUCGAGAGAAACAAAAUGUUGAUGGAUCUGAUGAUCAUCCUGUGCUCUGUCACUGGUUUCACCAGUGGUUACAAUGUACUUUUGGCUACUAUGGGCGGUACCAAGUCGCACACUGUGCCAUUUGUUGCGCUUGGGACAGCUUUGAGGGUGCGAGGACACAAUGUCACUCUUGUCAGUGCUUUUCCCGGGCCAGCGGCCAACAAUGGACUGCGGGAGCUGGUGCCUUCCAUUCUUGAGGCUUACAUCGGCAACUACACGUCAGAAUGGGAUCUCGUUGGCGCGCGAUACAGAAACGAGUUGCCACUUUCACCGUGGGAUGCAAUGCGAUACGGUUGGGAGUCUUGCGAAGCGCUAUUGAGAGAUGAGAGUUCAAUUGCCGGACUGAGGAGGCCCGAAUUUUCCUCGGAGGAUGCUCCGGAGCGUUGGGAUGUCGCCGUAAUCGACGGAGCAUUUCCGGAGUGUCUCCUGGGGAUUAUCCACCGGGAAAAUAUACCGACCAUGAUGCUGAAUACGGUUGCCCUGUACGAAGGCUCGAUAUCGCUCCAGGGGAAUCCCUCCCCGUGGUCCAUCACCCCCUACUUCGGCCGGGGCUACACCCAGGACAUGAACUACUUGGAGAGGAUCGUAAACGUCGCCUGCCUCUCCAUCCUCAAGUGCAUGCACUGGUUCAUGACCACAAACUACAUCCAGCCGACGUUGCGCAAAUAUUUGGGGUACCAAGUGCCGGACGUUCGAGAACUAGUUUCGGAAGUGCCAGUGACCCUCCAGAACAGUCAUUACGCAGUGGCAGACUCUCUCCCAUACCUAUCGAAUGUCGUAAACGUCGCCUGCCUUCAUUGUCGUCCACCUAUGGGUCUCAGCCCCGAUCUAGAAUCAUUUCUGCGAAAAGGAUUUAUAUUUGUCUCCAUGGGUUCGUCAGUGAGGGCCUCAGGAAUGCCGGACAGCCUCAGAGAGAUGUUUGUCGCGGCAUUCGCGACCCUGCCGUUCAAUGUCGUGUGGAAAUGGGAAGGCGGAAAAAUAGAUAAUUUGCCGAGCAAUAUUAGGACCGGUGCGUGGUGGCCGCAGCAGGAGCUCUUGGGGCACAAGGAACUGAGGGGAUUUGUCUCCCAUGGGGGACUCUUGUCACUCCAUGAGGCUGCCUACCAUGCUGCACCCACUCUUGUUCUCCCCGUGUUCUGUGAUCAUGAUGGAAAUGCUGCUCAAGCUGAAAAAUUGGGUUACGCUCGAGUAAUAAAUCUCGAGAAUCUGUCAAUAACUGGACUACGCGAGGCGAUCCUCAAAGUGGCAUCCAUCCGAGAUAAUCCAUACAAAGAAGCUGCUAAACGACGUAGCGCAUUGUUAAAGGAUCAACCGUUGAGCUCCAGAGAGCUUGCCAUCUGGUGGGUCGAGUAUGUUGCUAGACAUCGUGGAGCUGAGCACAUGAAAAGCUCCACGAGACACAUGGGAGUGGUCAGGUACUACUCGAUCGACGUAUUAGCUUUUUAUGCAGCUGCAAUUGUCCUGUUUAUUCAGGCAUUUCGCAUAUUGCCGCGAAAAGCAUCGCGGGGUGUGCAGAGGAUAAAAGGAAAGAUUGACUGAUAUUAUUUUUCUUGUGAUUCUGUAGAAAAAUGCGAAAAUUAGAUGGGUCAACUUUUUGUAAAAGAGCUAUUGCAGAAUGUCGGGGGAUCGCAGAAUUUUUAUGAGAAUUUCUUUCGCGGAAGGAAUGUUCUCCAUAAAAAUUCUCGCAUCUAUUGCACUAAGAGAAAAAUACACACGUCAUAGAUCUAGUUGAUGCGAAAAAUUGUUCAGUUGUUUUUAAUUUUUCUCUCAGUGUUGAUCCAAUAUUUAGCGAGAGCUGUGUUUGACUUGAUUCAUCUUUUUUAUCGUUUCACUACUGAAUUCUUUGUACAUUUCUCCUAUUUCAUUGAAAUUCUUCGUUUAUUUAUUAACAGCGAUUGUACAAUGUAUUUUUA